AUGUCGAAAAGAUUCAAUAAAAAGAAUUCCCAGAAGUACGUUGUGGUACAUAGACCCCAUGACGAUCCAGAGUACUACGAUAACGAUGCAUCUGAGCAUGUUUUGGUACCAGCGUCAAAUCCUAACACUGCAAAGACUGCUGAAAGACCACCACCAUUAGUUGAAGAUCCGGUGCAAACUGCUGGAAAGAAGGAGAACGAGCACGUUGGUGAAGCCAUGUUGUAUGGUAUCAACUUUGACGAUUCGAAAUACGACUAUACACAGCAUUUAAAGCCCAUAGGAACCGAUCCAGAGAACUCACUAUAUAUACCGGCCAAGAAACCUGUCGAUAAGACUAAAUCUAAGAAAUCUAUCGACGAUCUUUUUGUGGAGCCUAAAUAUCAGAAUGCUGAUCCCAGUAAGAAUGAGCCCUUGUUUGCUAGAGGUGUAGCUAAACCAGAGUAUUUGGAACGUCAACAAAAUGUUGCCGAUGAGCUAACGGGAUUCAGACCUGAUAUGAAUCCUGCACUUAGAGAAGCACUAGAAGCAUUAGAAGAUGAAGCUUAUGUGGUUAAUAAGGAUAGAGAAUUGAGGAAAGCGCAAGAAAAUACCGAUGAAAACGAUGAAGAUGAUAUCUUUCAACAAUUGCUUGAAGGUGGACAGGCAGCAGACGAUGAAGAAUUUGAAGACAACUUGGACGAAUGGGAUAUAGACAAUUUAGAUGAGUAUGAGGAUGAACACUAUCAAAAAGAGAUGGAAGAAUUAGAUAAUGUGGAAAACUUAGAGGAUUUAAAGAAUAUAGAUUAUCAAGCAGAUGUGCAAAGGUUUAAAAAGGAGAAGAAGAGAGAUAUAUUUGAAGAUGAAGUAUCUUCAACAGGACCUCAAAGUGUGGAACCUGAAGAUGAAGUAGAAGAAGAAGAAGAAGAAGAAGAAAUUGAUGGCCUCGGUGAAUUGCCAAGUAUUAAACAAACAAAGGGCAAGAAGCGUAAGGAUCGUCAAAAGAUGGGUACAAAGUCUGAUUUAACUGGUUUUUCUAUGACUUCGAGUGCCAUUGCACGUACUGAAACCAUGACCAUACUUGAUGACAAGUAUGAUAACGUCAUCUCAGGUUACGAAAACUAUCAAGACGAGCAAGAAGACUUGGAAGAAAAACAAAGUAAACCAUUCGAUAUGUCACAAGAGAGGUCUGACUUUGAAUCCAUGCUAGAUGACUUCCUUGACAACUAUGAAUUGGGCAAAGGUGGUCGUGAAUUCCACAAGAAGGAUGAAGAAGAGCAAAAUAUGAAGAACGCCGCCGACGAAGUGAGUAAGGGUAAGCUCUCACAGCGUAGAAACAAGGAGCGUAAAGCAAAGAGUACAAAGGGGAUUACGAACAGUUUAAGUAGUUUACAUAUAUAG